ACCGGCCCGGCUGCCAUGGCAACGGCCGCGCCGGGCGGGAGGCGGGACCGCGGGGCCGCCGCCCUCCCCCGGCCGCGUCACCGGCCCUCCCCCGCCGCAGUCAUGGCCGCCCGGCUCUUGCCCGCCGUCAAGUUUGUCAUUAAAGGAAGCCUGGCUGGAGCUGCCGUAUACAUGGCGUAUGACCAGGGACUGCUGGGCAGUGGCACGCAAGGUGCCGAAGCUCUCAGAAAAGCUCAAGCAGCGCUGCCUCCAGCUAUCCAAGAGUGGACAAGUUACUUAGGCUGGGAGCUCCCACCCACUCCAAAAUUUGACUUUUCCCCCUCUGAUUCCUGGAAUAAAGGAGUGCAGACAGUCAUGUCUGCCUUGUCUGUAGCUCCCACCAGGGCCUGUGAAUACACUGUGGAAGGCUGGAAGUAUGUGAAGGAUCUUGUCAAAUGAACACGUUCUCCGCGGUUCAUGAUUCUCUCCAUCCUAUGUCGUUUUUGGGAUGAUGCGUACUCCGUCCCCCUGGAGGGCAGUUCAGCCAUUCAAGGGCUACAAUAAAAGACUUUGGAACUUC